AGUGCGUCACUCUUGGGAGUGCACACCUUUGCGCGGCUCUGGAGUGAACAUUCACGGGAAAGUUACUUUUAAAAAAAACAGAACACUUGUCAUGAGAACGCCUUGACUUAUCUAUGCAUGAGACGCAGAAGAAAGCAUCUGUUUGGAGGAGAAGAUGAGGAAGUUCCUGCUGCUCGCCUUCCUCCUGCAUGAGGCUGAUGGAAGGUUUCCUCACUGCCACUUCGCCUGGGAGAUGAAGCGAGCCAGCGACGAGUGUCACGCUCGCCUGCAGAGGCCCACAGCGCCCCCCUCAGGAUGUGACGGCGAGUGGGACAACGUUUCGUGUUGGGACAGCGCGGCGGUGGGCGAAGUGGUGACCCUCCCCUGCCCGUCACCUCUCCUGCACUUGUUUGGAAAGAACGGGAACCUGAGCAGGAAGUGCACACAGGAAGGUUGGUCGGACGUCUACCCCGUCAUCGCCGUGGCCUGCUCGUCCAACACCACGGAGGACCAACCUGACCAGCUGCUUUUCUACAAAGUGGUGAUGGUUCUCUCAACUUUGGGUCACAGCUUGUCCCUCGUUAGCCUGAUCACCAGCACCCUCCUCAUCUGCCUCUUCAGGAGGCUGCACUGCAUGAGGAACUACAUCCAUCUCAACCUGUUUGUGUCCUUCAUGCUGAGGGCGGUGGCCGUGCUGACCAAAGACCUCCUGCUCUUCUCGUCGGAGGAGAUCGCCGACUGCAGCGUUCAACCUUCCCUGGUGGGCUGUAAGACCAGCCUGGCGUUCCUCAACUACGCCAUCAUGGCCAACUUCUUCUGGCUCCUGGUGGAGGCGCUCUACCUGCACAUGCUGCUGCUGGUCAUCCACUCGUGCUCCGCUCGCCUCCCAAUCUACAUGCUCAUUGGCUGGGGAAUCCCGUGUGUGUUCACGGUGGCGUGGAUCUUAUGCCGGAUACACCUGGAUGACACCUGGUGCUGGGAGAGGAACGAGAGUCCGGUCCCCAGUAGGGUGUUGGACUGGCCUAUCCUGGCGUGUGUUGUCAUGAACUUCAUCCUCUUCAUCAGCAUCAUCCGCAUCCUGGUUCAGAAGCUGCGCUGCACCGACGUUGGCGGCAACGAACAAUCGCAGUACAAGCGUCUGGCAAAGUCCACUCUCCUGCUGAUCCCCUUGUUUGGGAUCAACUAUGUGGUGUUUGUCUACCUGAUGGAUCCCACUGAUCAAACCCUACGACAAAUCAAGAUCUUCUUUGAGUUGGGCCUCGGAUCCUUUCAGGGUCUUAUUGUGGCGGUCCUUUACUGCUUCCUCAACAGCGAGGUCCAGUGUGAGCUGAGGAGGACGAUGAGGAGUCUGUCCCUCAGGCGUUACGUGGGGCGGGACUACAGGCUGCACGCCGCCUCGCUCGCCCCUAAUGGCGCCAAUGACAACUUGGCGCCCAGAAACUGGCGAGCUCAGUCCAUCCUGCAGACGGAGACGGUGUCGCUGUGAGGACUCGGCGUAAAAAGGAAAGAACUCUUUUUUUUUUUUUUUUGACUGUUAUUACAAGAAAUCCAGCAUUUAGUGCAAAUAUUUAGCUUGACUUUUUAUACUUUAAGCCAGGGGUGUCCAAAGUGGGGCCCACAUUUAAACUUUUAACGGCCCGCCGCCCAUUCUAAGAAUACUAUUUAUUUUUAAAAAAACAUAAAAAAGUGGACUAAAAGAGCAAACAGGUGAAAUGUAACAAAAAGAAGUUGCAAUGUCGACUCCACUAACGCAAAGCUGUCAUGCAGGCUGUUUCUUUAAAGCUGUCAUUGCUCAAAAAAUAAUAAUGAAUCAGAAUCAAUAUUGUUAGGAAUUAUUGACCUAUUUAAGCCUGCAAAUCCCUUACAUCAAAAAUUCCACUUUGAAAUAUUUUAGGGGAAAACAUUGUGUAUUUUGUGUUUGCCAUUUACAAACCCCGUUUCCAUAUGAGUUGGGAAAUUGUG